AUGUACUUGACUAUAACAUGCGCGUUGUUCACGAGUGUGCUACUUUAUGUUAAUAGCACUCACAUAUUUACUUUGGACAAGGACUUUAACAAAUUGAAGACAGACGAGGCGCUCGCGAAACACGUAGGAGAGAUUGUGAAGAAGCUAAAGACCUUCAAAGUGGCCGUGCAUCCUCGAAUUCGUUUGUUUUAUCAGCUUCUAAAACGCGGCAUGUCAGACUUCGCCCAAAGAAAUUCGGACUCUCUGUAUAACCCACGCGUGUACCAGAUCGAGGAUAACAAAGCCUAA